UAUUUCUUUCAAAAAUGGGGGAGAACUGAUGUGGAACAGUGUUCUUCUGUUCUAAGUCAGCAGAGGCAGAUUGCACUCUGUUUAUGGAACUGCAGCAUUACUUAGGCACUGUUUCAGUAAUCCUAUUUACUAGACGUUUACGCCUAGCAUGGCAUAAAAAUAAACAUUGCACUGCCGUGCUUCCCUGCUAAAACUCAGUCAUCCUUACCAUCCCAACUCCUAACUAAUCAAAAGAUCAGUGCUGCUAACUUUACCAGUACAAAAUAGUCCUUAAGAAGUAAGGGCAACUCUCCUUACCUUUCUCUUUCCCAAAAAAUCUGCUUCCAGUUAUGCUUGAAAUGAAGCCCUCAUUUAAAAGUAUAUGGAUGAAUGCAUCAAAUUUUGAAUGAGGCCCAAGCUGUAAGCUUGGUUGAUGGAAUUCUUAUGGGAAGGAGUUCGCAGGUUACUGAUAGGAGAAGGGUAGGGACAAACACAUUCCUGACAUAGAGCAGUGCUCAUUUCUGAAGGCAAAUUGACUUCUAAAUACAGCUAAUUAAGAAAUUCAGCACUUUUUAAUAGUACAAGUCAGAAAAGUGUUUCUGUACUAACUUGCCAUUGCCAUUAGACGCAUGGCUUUUAUGAGGCAAUAGAAAUACUUGUUUACCUCUCGUUUAAAAAAAAAAAAAAAAGAGCAACAUGCAUGCUUUGCUGGAGUAAGAAAUAAUUAUAUUUUGCAGUUGAAGCUUGUGGGAUUUUUUUCUUUUUAAAACCCUCUACAGUCUGUUUUAAAAACAAUGUAGAAAUCAGGUCUUCCCAGCAUGGUUUGGCAGCUUGAAAGAAGAAUUAAUCCUGUAUGUAUAAAAGAAGAGGUGAUGUCACACUGCAGUUUUAGCAGGAUAAAGCUGUGAGGGGUUUGCAUGGUAACGCUGCUGUCAGCAGCUGCCUUGCCCUGGCAUCUGGACAGGUCUGGGUCUUAUGAGGUGACUGCAGGAAGAUGAGCUUAGAAAACACGAGUGAAGUGAAGUUUGGAUUAACUCAGCAUCCUUUUAUUAAAAUAACAUGCAAGCAUCCUGCAAGAUGAAAUGUGCAGGAAUUUUGGUGUGGCAGGUGUGUGGAGGCAGUGAGCUGGAGGCUGAGCACUGAGGUCUGAUCACAAGUGCUGAAGAUGGCGAUCUGCUCUACCUGCACUCACACAGAUCUGCAUGACUUGUCUUCAUUCUUCCAGGGCUUUUGAAAAAUCUGACAUAUGUAUGUUAGCAAAGCAGCCUUAACAUUUAUUAGUGAAAGAGAUUUCUAUAAGGGGGCUUAGAUUUACUUUUCCUCUGAAAAGCAUCUUUAGAAAUAUCCUGCAAUCUGCAGGAGGCCAAGGCUGAGCAGAAGAGAAAAGCACUUCCAAGUCUUCCAAACGAGACAUGAACUACAGCCAUCUUGACUGUUUGUUGACCUAAACUGUACCUGAACCUCUUGAUCCAUGCUGAGCAAUAGCCAAAACUGAAUCCAAGCUCAAGCAGAAGGGAUGUUGCUGACUGAAUCCCAAAAUGCUACAGUAGAAUUGGAAACCAGCAGGAGCACAACUGUCCCGCAGAGUUUAGGAAAUUGUACGUUUUUUCCUCUUCCAAAACCUGGAACUCGUGCAGUUUUACAGCUUCUGUAGGAAAGGACCUUGUGAUAGAUCCCAUCUGUGCUGUAAGAAGUAUUGUUUGGGGUGGAGAGCAUCACUGUUCAGAGCAAUUGAUCCCUUGGGCAUCUUCAUGGGUGCCAGAUUUAGAGCCACUGACAAUGUCUGCUGUUUUAAAUGUCAGGCACCCACUGCAUGUACAGCUGAGUGUGGACCUGGAGGAAAGUGAUUCUGCACAAACUGAUGAGCUUUGUGACCCACCUCUUUGAACAAUCCCCUUACGUGUGUUUCAGCCCAACGUGUGUGGAAGAAGUGUUCCAGAAAGUUUUCCUGGAGAGUAUCAGGACAGGGGAUAAGGAGACAACUGGAAUUGCUGAGGAAGAGAGUGAGGGAAAGGUCAGCAGCAUCCCUUCAGUAGUAAUGGAGCCAGCAUCGAACAACGAAGGGGUGGGAGAAGAACAUGAUGUGAUCAUGAACGAGUCUAAAGAUGCUGCAGCAGAGAUGGGCACUCAGGGCACUGACAGUGAAACUUGCCAAGUUGUAAGAGAGCGGGAACCAACUGAAGAAAUCCAGACUGCACCUUCUCAAGAUCAGCCUGCGUCAGCAGGAGGCACAGCUUCUGACAUGCCACUGGGCUUUCUCUUUAAGGUCUGCUUGUUUGCUGUUCUUUUAGACAUCCUUUCACAUCUAGCUUCUGUGGAUGUGUCUGAAAAUUGAAUCAUUGCGAUGGUUUACUGAGGCCAAAGGACGCCUGGUUUCACAGCCACAUGCUUGCAUGCUCAUACACUCACCCAACCUUUGGUUGUUUUUUCUCCAUACAUGAGUUUUGAGAAACAUAUUUUCUGCACUUGGAUUUUGCUGGUUAUAUCCCUCUGUAGCUGUAAGAGUCAUUAGAGGUCUCCUUUCAUCUCGCCAAAUCAGUACUGACAGUGAAUCUUUUAAGUAAAAUUCCACUGCCAGCGAUUUAGUCAGCAGUAUCAUACAAUCGUUUGCUAACAGUACCAAAAAGGCGUUUUUCUGGCCUGAGAAUCUGUAGAGGAAGUUCCAGCCCUAUUGAAAUCUGUGGGACUUCAACAAUUCACUGUAAUGAAGUUGAAGUGUCCUUUCAUGUCCUUAGUAUUGCUGUCCUUAUGAACUGUUAGGGUAUUCAGACAGAAAAGCUUAAUGAAGCUGCAGGGAAAUCCUCUCCUUGGCUGGUAAGAGCCACAGAGAUUCCUGGUUCACAAGGUUCUUUCACUUCAGAAUCAGUGAGCAGGAGAAACGCUCCUUGAGGCUAGAUGAACUUUAUGUGCUUCCUGCUAUCAUUUGCAUACUUCAGACUAGUUAGUCCCAUAGCACUCCAUAAAUAUGCCAUUCCUUCUGAUCCAAGGUCACUGGUCAAGAUUUUCAGCAAGCAGUGAGAAUGGCAUUAAGGUUAGAGUGACCAGAAUUGUGCAGUUUUGGUGCAGACCUGCUCAUCUGUUGUUCAUCUUUUGUUUUUUGUCACGCUUUCUUGAGUCAAACGUAAAUAAGAAGCAGCAGAAUACACGACUGCCAUCUGGUUCUCGAUGCUGGAUUGUUUCAUUAUUGCAGUUACCACGGAACUGUCUGUGCUUGGAGAAAACUAGGAUAGUGCCUCUCUUCAGGAGGAAGAGCUAUUUAGUUAAAUGGUCUGUUCACGGCGGUGUGCUAACCCCACAAAUGUUUCAAUAAUCACCUCUUUGACAGAGAGAUUUUUUUGGCUUUCCUAUCUGCCAGUGAAUGGGAGUUCUUUCCAGGACAAACAGGAGCUGUGGUUCCCAUUAUUCACUUCUUUUGUCUUGUCCUGAAACUGGUGCUGUACCUCUCACUCUAAUUUCCAGGGAUGUUUACAUCAAUCACAGUAUCCAGCAGACAGCAUAAGGAAGGGUCUGAAGGGACAUUUCCUGUCAUUCUUCUCCAAGCUUAUUAGCAAAAUGCUGCCAUCCCUCUCCUCAGGUCUAGGCGUGAUAGUGGGAAAUGAAAGCAAGUUCCUUGCACGGUAGGAAUAAUGGAACAGGACUUGUCCAAGAGGCAGCACCUGUGGGA